UGGAGUGCAGUCCGCCUUGAGUUGCUUCCUCGCUUCACGCUCGAUUUCCGACCAUUCUUCCCUUAUUAAGUAUUCGUGUAAUAUUAAUAAUCAUGAAUAUCUACUAUUAGGAGUGCAUGGGAAGAGACAGUAUGUGCUAACAUGAGCUCAAGCGAGGGAACAGCUCACUGACAGAGCCGGGAGAGGCCAAAGGGAUCUAAGAAACUUUAGAGAAAAACUGUGCAUUUAAAGAGCACAUGAAGAAGAGUGGGAAUUUACCCAGAUUCUGAUGGAUUAUCGCUUUAUGUGAACGCCGGUCACCGCUACUUUGUCCUGCAUUUGUUAUUGGCUUGAUUUCAUUUGCGCGUUCUUUUUCGUUUCGUCCCUUUGAAAUUCUUGUCUUGUGAAAUCCUCGGAAAUCUUCGCAGAUGUUAGUGCACAGUUUUUCCGCGAUGGUGAGUGACUGUCGAGGGUAAAGCUCUGAAGAUCGCGCUCAACAUUUACUCUCCGAUUGUUUGCAUUUAUCCUGUCGUUUUGUCUGUACCAUCAUGCAAGCUUUUCUUGGUAGCAUCAAAUGCUAUUACAAAGACUUUAUACUUGAUGAUCGCCACGACGGGACCAGCAACGGCACUGCCCGGUUACCUCAGCUGGGCAGCGUGGGUCAGUCUCCGUACAGCAGCGCUCCUCCGCUCUCUCACACGCCCAACUCAGACUUCCAGCCGCCAUACUUUCCGCCACCCUACCAACCCAUUUACCCGCAGUCUCAGGACCCUUACUCUCACGUUAACGACCCGUACUCCAUCAACUCUCUGCACGCCCAGCCGCAACCGCAGCACCCGGGGUGGCCCGGCCAGCGGCAGAGUCAGGAGAGCAGCCUGCUGCACCAGCACCGCGGGCUUCCGCAUCAGCUGUGCCGAGAGUACCGCAGAGAAGUGCUGCUGCCGUCGGGUCACGGCAUCGAUACCGGACUCACGGAUUCAAUCCCUAUCCAUGGAAUACCUCAUUCUUUAGAAGAUGUUCAGCAUGUUGAAGAUCAGGGAAUUCACAUCCCAGACCAAACAGUAAUCAAGAAAGGUCCCGUUUCCAUGUCCAAGAACAGUAAUGUCUCUGCCAUACCGAUAAAUAAGGACGGACUUUUUGGCGGUGUGGUUAACCCAAACGAAGUGUUCUGUUCGGUUCCGGGUCGUCUGUCUCUUCUCAGCUCAACAUCAAAAUACAAGGUCACAGUAGCGGAGGUGCAGAGACGCCUCUCUCCGCCUGAGUGCCUGAACGCCUCUCUGCUCGGCGGGGUCUUGAGGAGGGCUAAAUCUAAGAACGGAGGAAGAUCCUUAAGAGAGAAAUUGGAUAAAAUCGGAUUAAAUCUACCGGCAGGGAGACGCAAGGCCGCCAAUGUUACCCUUCUGACGUCACUGGUGGAAGGUGAAGCUGUGCAUCUGGCCAGAGAUUUUGGUUAUGUAUGCGAGACUGAGUUUCCAGCCAAGGCGGUAGCUGAAUACGUGAACCGACAGCAUUCCGACCCAAAUGAACAAGUCCAAAGAAAAAACAUGUUAUUGGCAACGAAACAAAUCUGCAAAGAGUUCACGGACCUGCUCUCGCAAGACCGCUCACCCUUGGGGAAUUCACGUCCACAGCCCAUUCUCGAGCCCGGGAUUCAGAGCUGUUUGACCCACUUCAGUCUUAUUUCGCACGGAUUCGGGACUCCAGCCAUGUGCGCGGCCCUCACGGCGCUGCAGAACUAUCUGACGGAGGCCAUUAAAGCCAUGGACAAAAUGUACCUGAACAACAACCCCAACAACCACAACGAGACGGGCUCGAAAGCAGGAGAUAAAGAUGAGAAACACAGAAAGUGAUGUCCACCCACCACAUCCCAAUUUCAUUAAGAACACACUAGUGAUCAAGAUUGACGCGCCACCUCCUGAUCUUCACAUUUUGAAACACGUUUGUUUUUAUUAAAUAAUAAUAAUAAUAAUAAUAAUAAUAAUAAUAAUAAUAAUAAUAAUAAUAAAACAAUUGACCUUGGGAUUCGUGGAAAAGGCAUUCACCAAUCAAAAUAAAAGCAAAGUGGCAAUAAGAGGAGUACAGAUCUGCCACAGCAAGACUUUUCAUGAACGGACUGAAAUCCAGCGAUUUCUCUUCAAUUUCUCCAUUUACGAUUGUAGCCAUGUGACAACAAGAAGCUGAAAGAGGAUGAUUUUCUAUCAGUAUUGUGAAUAAUAAACUUGAAAAAAGAAAACAACAACAAAAAAUCUACAGUUUCAUACCAUGACUUCAAGUUAUUGACUUAUCACUCCGAGCGACCAACUUGAACUUUGAAUUUCAACACGAUUCGCGGUUAUAAGAGGGAAUCUGUGUUCAUGUAUGUAUAUAUUUAUUUAUGUGUAAUUUAAUGGGAAUUGUAAAUAUGGUACGUCUGUUCAAACUUCUUUCUUUUUUUUCUUUUUUUUUAUCUGGUGCCUCCUGUUUUAGUGGGUUUGAAUAUUCGCUUAGUUCUUCAUGUGGUUUUAUGGUUCUUAGAAAACAGAAGUUUGGGGUAUUCUUCUCUGGGAUAUUUCAGUUCAGCCCUCUUGUAGCAUGUUGAGGCGACAUUGAAGCAAGUGAACCAAUUGAAAAGAAAUAAACAUCCAUUUCUCUAUAUAUUAUCCUUAUGCCAUUCAGUUUAAAUCGAAAAUUGUCAUUAAGGAGACCCUUACGAUGCUAGUUUUGUGUUUCUAUCUUCUUGUUUUUAUACCAGAUUUUUAUGUGUUGUGCCAAUCACCUCUUGUUAUUCCCUCAAGCACCACAAGAGCAAUAAAUGGAUAUUGUCUUAUGAA